AUGGCAACAACAACAACCGAAACAAUAAACACUCACAAAAAGACCCUGCCGCUUAGUGGGGAAUACUGGGCCCAAUUUGAAGUUCCGCUUUCCUUACGGGUUCCACGAACACCAGGACCAAAUCAAACCGAAAUGCCAUCUAAACGCUUCAGCAUACCCCGUUUUUCUCUUCAACCGCGAGAUUCAUCGUCAUCCCUUUCCGAUGCAACUUCAAAGCCCACGCAGAAAAAGGAAAAAAUGCGCCACGACAAUCUCCCCCCGUUGGUCAUACCCCGAAGAAACUCCUCACACCAAGCUUUGCUUCUUCAACUCCAAGUCAUCUCCGUCCCAGGGGCAGUCACGCUGAAGAAAACCUCGUCGGACCAAUCAAUCCAAAAGCGACAACCCCAAAGACCUCAUCAACCCCCCUACCAACACUACCAACACGAACGAGUCUACAACAAACCAGCAACAGAUCCCUCUUCACAAAGGGUAUCCUCCGCCCAAUGCCCAGUCAUCAGACCGGUCCCCAUCCCCAUCCCCGACCUCCCACCCGUCCCCCCUGUCCCCCUCAGCAACUACCCCCCAAACUCCUCCACCACCCGCCGCCUUUCCCAGGUCAUCAAGCGAGCCCGCAGCAGGAGCAAAAGCCGGGACCGUCGCAAAUCCACCAAACCAGCCGAACCAAUCCCCGAAACCCCCUUUCUGGCCUCUGCACCCUACGGAACAGGCAACAAGCUCAACCCGGGCGCCCCCUUCUUGAAUGAUGCCCCUAUCGUCGUCGAGCCAGAAACCCCCUUUCUGGCGCUGAGACUAGAGAGGAACAUGAACGGUCCCUCUUUUGAAGACGACGAUUUUCUUGCCGUGAUGAGCAAGGGUGGUAAGACGCCGCCUGACUCGGCCAUGACGAUGGGGAGUUUCCUCUCGCAGUAUAAAUACCCGCCUGUGACGAAUCAACAGCGUCUGGUGCAGUCGCCUAUUGGGUAUGGCGAGGGGGAGGAUGCAAGGGCUGUUUUGCCUAGUCAGAGUCCGAAGAAGGGGUCUAGGGACUCAGAGUGGGUGCAGAAAGAGAAGGCGUUGAAACGGUCGAGUGCGGUUUGUGGUGGGGUGAGGAGCUUGAAUGAGAAGGAUGGUAUGAGUCCUCGGGUGGCGGGGAAUGGGUUUUCUGCUGGGGGAGGGAGGCCGGUGUCGUUGCCGCCGUGGAGUAAGAUUCUGCCGACGGGGCCAAGGAAGUCGGGGGAGGUGAAUAUGGCAGAGAUGUAUGCGAGGAUGGAUCCUGAGAGUGGCCAUGGGGCGAGGGGACAGGGGAGGGAGAAACAGCUGGUGGAAGUGAACGAGGAAAAGGCGGAGAGGAUGGAUAGCUUUAAUAGUGUUAUCUAUUCGGAGACGUGCGUGGCUCAUGAUUUGGAUGGGAGGGAAGAGUGGAGGAGGUCGAGGGCGGUUAGUCAGAAGGAACCGGAGCAGGAGUUGGUGGAUGAGUUUGGGGAGAGGGAAAAGGAUGCUUUGAAGGAGUUGUUAGAGUAUAUGGAUUCGAUUUUGGGACCGACUGACAAUCCUCCCAUGAGGUCGGGUGCCAGGUGUAUUGGUGGUGAUUGGAGCAAGGAGCAGAGUUGGUGGAGGGAUGUGAGGAGGAGCUUGCAGUAA